AUGGCAUCAAACGACUCGCGGCUCCAGCAUCAGCCCUCUCAGAAGGAUGCGGCUGACCAGAACUUUGAUUACAUGUUCAAGCUGCUGAUCAUCGGCAACAGCAGUGUGGGGAAAACCUCCUUCCUGUUUCGCUACGCAGACGACUCCUUCACUUCGGCCUUCGUCAGCACCGUGGGCAUCGACUUCAAGGUCAAGACCGUGUUCCGAAACGACAAGAGGAUUAAGUUACAGAUCUGGGACACAGCCGGUCAGGAGCGGUACCGCACCAUCACCACAGCGUACUACAGAGGAGCCAUGGGGUUCCUGCUCAUGUAUGACAUCACAAACCAGGACUCCUUCAAUGCAGUGCAGGACUGGGCGACACAGAUCAAGACUUACUCCUGGGACAAUGCUCAGGUGAUCCUUGUUGGUAACAAGUGUGACCUGGAGGACGACAGGCUCAUACCCGCAGAGGACGGCCAGCGAUUAUCAGAGGAUUUAGGCUUCCAGUUCUUUGAGGCCAGCGCGAAGGACAACAUCAACGUUAAGCAGGUGUUUGAGCGUCUGGUGGACGUCAUCUGUGAGAAGAUGAAUGAGAGCAUGGAGGGAGAUGCCAACCUGGUGUCCAACCACAGGAACCAGGGCCUUAAAGACUCGCCUUCAGAGAACCAAGGGGGCUGUGCCUGCUAAACCGCCUGUCCUCCCACCGAGUCCCCCCAACACACACACACACACUAAUACUCCCACAUCCUACAAAGUGUUGCACCGCUUCUUCUUCUUCUUCUUCUUCUUCUGUCUUCACUUAAGCCACGCCCCAGCUCUGCUUUGUCACAGCUUCAUCAUCAGCACUGUCAGACCCCCCCCCCCCCCCC